GCGUGGCAUUUUCUGGGCCUUUUGCCCAUUGUCCACACCCUCUUUUUCCUUCCGUUAUGUAGCAAAUCUGUAGUAACCGUGUAUAGUGUAGAAUUUGUUUUCAUAAAAAAAGACGCAAGAGCUGCCGCUUGAAAAAAUCAAAUCGCCAGCCAAAGAAAGGUGAAAAUUGAACCAAAACAGCCCCACGGUCCACGCCACACAUCACCGCAUCACACACAGAGAGAGAUCCACUCCACCAACAACGAUGUCAUCACGCAAAACCGCCGGUCGCCGUGCCACCACCAAGAAGCGCGCCCAGCGCGCCACCUCCAAUGUCUUUGCAAUGUUCGAUCAGGCCCAGAUCGCCGAAUUCAAGGAGGCCUUCAACAUGAUCGACCAGAAUCGCGAUGGCUUCGUGGAGAAGGAGGAUCUGCACGAUAUGCUUGCCUCGCUGGGCAAGAACCCCACCGAUGACUACUUGGAUGGGAUGAUGAACGAGGCACCCGGACCGAUCAACUUCACCAUGUUCCUCACUCUGUUCGGUGAACGGCUGCAGGGCACCGAUCCCGAGGAUGUGAUCAAGAAUGCCUUUGGCUGCUUCGACGAGGAGAACAUGGGUGUUCUGCCCGAGGAUAGGCUGCGCGAGCUGCUCACCACAAUGGGCGAUCGAUUCACAGACGAAGAUGUGGACGAGAUGUAUCGGGAGGCGCCGAUCAAGAAUGGGCUGUUCGAUUACCUCGAGUUCACGCGCAUACUCAAGCACGGUGCCAAGGACAAGGAUGAGCAGUAAAUCCAGAUACGCCACCAGCCAAGCGGCGUGCACCCAAGCUGCCUCUCCAAUCCACUCCACUCCACUUCUCCACUCCAGCAUGGAGCCUGUCCAAAAUUAUCCAAAUCCAUUAAGAGUUUCAUUUAACUUUAUUUCCUUUUUUUUUGUUUUUGUUUGUUCUCGCGCUCUUGGUGUCCUUCGAUUCCUGUACUUAACUGUGCAUUUAAAUUAAACAACAAAAAACAAAAAAAAAAAUGAACUUAAAAAUACGAAGAACUAGAGAAAAACCAGCAAAUGUUAUGUACGAUAUUUUAGUGUGUGCGAAGAAGAGCCUGAGAUAACAACCAACGCCGUUUCCCCCAAGUUUUCAUAAGUAUUAACUCAUUGAAUAUACAUAUACAUAUUACCUAUAUACAAAUACAUACUUAUAUACAAGAAUGUGUGGCAAUAAA